UACUGACGGAUGUGCUUCUUACAACCGCCGGUGUUUAAUCUUAGAGUUGCUCGGGGGUCUUGGAUUAGCUAUUCUGGUGGAGUCUCGCUUGGGACGCGGGGAGUUUAAUAUUGUUGGAGUCUGGACAUGGGCUUGUGGGACAGGAUUAAAAAGGAAUGGUUCAUUAUGGGCAUCAUACUGGUUAUUGCUUUAGCUAGGCUGGAGCCAUCUGUGGGAGCCAAAGGAGGUCCUCUAAAGCCAGAAGUUACAAUAACCUAUAUUGCGGUUUCUGCUAUUUUCUUCAACAGUGGACUGUCCUUAAAGACUGAGAUUACAGACAGUGGGAUGCAUGCCUCCUCCUGUUUCAUCUGCCGUUAUUUUGACCAAAGCUGUUGGUGGAAAUGAGGCUGCUGCUAUCUUUAAUUCGGCGUUUGGAAGUUUUCUGGGCAUUGUAGUAACACCGCUGCUUUUGCUGCUUUUUCUUGGGUCUUCUUCCUCAGUACCAUUUACAUCCAUAUUCUCACAGUUGUUUAUGACAGUGGUGGUUCCUCUUAUAAUUGGACAGAUUGUCCGAAGGUACAUCAAAGACUGGCUUGAGAGGAAGAAACCCCCGUUUGGUGCUAUUAGCAGCUGCGUUCUCCUUAUGAUUAUUUACACCACCUUUUGUGACACAUUCUCAAAUCCAAAUAUUGACCUGGAUAAAUUCAGCCUCAUAAUAAUUGUGUUUAUAAUAUUCUUUGUUCAACUUGGCUUCAUAUCGUUAACAUUCUUCCUUUCUACAAGGCCAAAGUCUGGUUUUACAGCUGCAGACACAGUAGCUAUCGUUUUCUGUUCUACUCAUAAAUCUCUCACUCUGGGAAUCCCAAUGUUGAAGAUAGUAUUUGCAGGCUAUGAACAUCUGUCCUUGAUCUCUGUUCCUUUGCUGAUUUAUCAUCCUGCUCAGAUUCUCCUGGGCAGUUUAUUAGUACCUACUAUGAAAUCAUGGAUGGUUUCUAGACAAAAGGCACUUAAACUUACAAGGCAACCCAAAGCACCUGUAUAACACCGGAAGCUGACAAUUUUCUUCUAGAUGUAAAUAUGCUGUAACAUAAAAAGAAACAACGUAAUACAGAUGAAGAGUAUUUAUGGGUAUAUAACAGUUAUUCAUUUGAGAAGAAAGUUGACAUCAAGUGCCUUAAGACAUACCUGGUACAAUUAAUGCCAAACUACAUAUUGACACUGAAGAGAAAGCCUUUGACAAACUUGUGUUCUUCUCCAGUUACAUCACUAUAUUUCAGUUUCACCUUCAUUGAAGAAAGGUUUCUGAGAAAUGUGAUUGCACUUCACGCUGUAAAUAAUGUUGGACCCUUGGGCAAAGCGUGCCCCAGCCUUCCAGGGCAUAAAGAUGCUAAGCCAGAAAAAUCAUUGACACAUAUUAUACACAGUCUGAAAUGAAGUGCUUUCUGAAUUAUUAAGCCCCAGGGUUAUCCCUUGGACUUCUAAUUUUAGUAUUUUAUUCCAUUAAGUUGAUGACAGACAAUUCAUGGUAUAUGAUUGUAAAAACUUGUUCAGAAAGAUUGCAUCUGUUUUUAGUGUGUUACCGUUAAAUGUUUUGUUGUUUGAUUACAGGGACACUGAUUUAUGGUUUAAAAAAUGACAUUCUCUCUUCAUGAGAAGAAAUUUUGGGAAUUAUAACCUUGAUUUUUUAAGUAUAAUUUUGGUCAUUAUCACAAUUUUUCUUAUAUAUACACACACACACACACACACACACACACACACACACACACACACACACACACACGUUUAGCAAGUUGAUAUUUAAGUAGUAAAUAUUGAGGCUGUGGUAAAUUACUGCACUGGCCUAAAAUGCCAAACUCCAUGUUUAUUUCCAAUACUCAGUUAAAAAUUCUGGAUUUACUGAUAUUUUUUUUACAAAAAAAGAUGGAAAAUUAGUGUCCCUGAUCAUUUGUUUUGAUAUUGUACUACAUGCUUAAGACUGGAAGCAAGAUAGAUUCAUUUGGCAACAAUGCUAUAUAUACACCAAGCAGGUUUCUACUACAUUCCUAGGAAUCAAAAUGCUAUCUAAAGCUUUUGUUCCUUGCGAGAUUUUCUUACGUAUUUUAUUGUUAAUAUAGUCCACUAAGUGUGACACAGCAGUGCAGCACUUAUCAUUGCUGCCUCAGAGUAAAUGGCUGCCCAGUUUGGUUACCUGCUGGGCUACUGUUUGUGCAGAAUCUGCACAUCUUUCUUAUGUCCAUGUGGGUUUUUGCUUGGUGCUUUGUGUUUUUUCCUCCACAUCCCAAAAAUAUAUUGUAAUCUAAUUGUCUCCUCCAGAUUGCUAAGAGGUGAGCAUGCCAUAACUUGUGUCUGUGUGUGAGCACACUCAUUAGUGUCCUGUGAUGGGCUGGCACCAUUUGGGAUUAGUUACACUGCCUGCCUUCCACUGAGUACUGGGAUAUGUGUUGCCUUUCCUGUAGCCCUGAAUUCUGUUAAGUGGGUUAUAAGAGAAUGAAUGAAUGUGCCCCAUUACAGAAUGAAUUUCUAGAUCCCUGCCUCAGAUCUUCACCAUGUCAACCCAUUAUAACAGUGGUAUUUAUACAAUCCAUUGGCUGAAAUUGAUAAGAGCCCUUCCAUGUUAUAUGGGCCAUUCAUCUGACACUCUGACAGUGUACAUCAAUACCCAUGUAAGAAAUGAAAAAGUGGUAACCGUUCAGUUGCUGAAAAUUCUGAGUAUUACACCAUGGGCAUUUCCAAAAUGAAUUCAGCAUGGGCCUAUUCUGUGAAUAGCAAAGCUGAGUAUGUUUCUUCCCCUCAUUACUGUCACACAGAGUUUGGUUAUAUAUUACAAACAAUUGUUGCUUUAAGAUGAAAAUCUUGUAAGGCAUUUAAGAUUUUUAAACAUAAUUUAAUAAAACGAGAGACAUAAUAUUGAGUGUUAAGUCUGAAGGAGCAAACAGACAUGCCAGUGCUUGCACCAAAUGUGGAUGAGAAAUAAUUAUAGUUCUAUAUAUUUUUUUUUUUUUACAUUUUUAGCACAUUGUUUUUAUCUUAAAAGUCAGAAUUUCAUUAUGGAAAAUAAGUUUUUAUGUGCUAUUUUUUUACUAGUGUGCCAAAUUUUUAUGCAGAAUUAAUUUUCUGGAUUGCGUCAGAACUCUAGACCACUUCUACAAUUUUGUCUGUUAAUCGUAUUUUAUGAAAUUUAUAUCAGAUAAUUGUUUUAUGUAUGACCAAUAUCGUUCCUUUAGAUAGACACAUGUAUAUGUAACAGUUAGUAUACAGAGUGUGUGAUGAUAUUUUAAUAGAGGUACACCUAUGGAAUGUUUUACAGGAUAACGUAGCAGAUUCCCUCCAGUCUUUCAUGGAUUUGUUAUAGCAGAACAGGAGUAUUUCUAAUGUUAUAUGAAAUAAUGUCUGGGCAUUGUACAUUGGUGCAGUUUAGAGAAGUAAUCACCUCUAGAAAGGAGUUCUAACAUGAAUUUCCCAUUUUACAUAGUCACUGAUAUUCAGGUGUUUUUCACAUGGAGAGUAGUUUUAUGACUUGAACUAAACUAGGGCAGCUAAAUUGAUAUCCUUGUGCAGUAUUCAUUGUUUCAUGCACUGCCAUGAAAUGAUGCCCUUUGUUUUAUAUAAACAUUAUCUGUUUAUCGGGAAGUUCUUGCGCUAAGACUGUAUUUGUGUUAUGGAGUAUACCGAAUCAGCAUAUAUUUCAUUUAUGGGUUCAGAUGGUGUUGUCAUAAUAACUAUAUGGUAUGGGUUGUUAGGUUAAGGUAGUUGUAAAGCUGGUUUGUGUUUAUGGGUGUAUCAGCUUCCACCUGGAUGUAUCCAGCUUUAAUUGGGAAGUCCAACAUUUUAGCUACAAAUAAUAUUGAUUUAAUUCAGACUGUAUAUGUAAGGAUAUGCAGAGCAUUUACCUUUUAAAGAAAGAUUACAUGUAUAUGCUUAUACAUAAAGAUUACAUAUAUGUGUUUAUGCAUUUAUUUACAUUUAUCCAUGUGUGCAUACACACAUGUACCAAGAUGCAUACAUAUAUACAUAUUUAUGUGUGUGUGAACGUGCACGCAGUACAUCCCAUUUGCACAGAAAACACCUGCCCUUUCAAGCACACCUGUAUAUAAACAUAAUAUGUUGCCUUCUUUCAGACAGUCUCUGUUGCAUGUUUAGUAAAAUAUCCCUCAAAGAAGUACAGCAUGUUUAUUAUACCCUUACCUGGCACAGUCACUGAAGAAGAUACCAAGUAGAGUGUUAUUUCCGAAAAUAAGAAAUGUUUGUAUUAUGGAUAUGUUGCAUUUUAAUUAUAACAUGUCGUACUGAGGAUGAGUUAACUUUGAAGACUGUUGCAGAAAAGCUGCGUGGUAAUGACAAGCAUCUUGGAGCGUACCUUUGAGUCACAGCUAAAUAUUUCAUCUGGUGCUUGCCACCAUUUGAUAACAUCCUUCACAUCCGGCUCCAUUUGAUAACAUCCUUCACAUCCGUAAUUAUAAGAAAAGUGGUCUUUUGUAUUCUGUUUACUGCAUCCCGCCAUUUCAUUAUGUUGGGAUGAGACAACCUUCUGUAGUUCCUUCUUCAAGUCUCUCCGUAGGUCAUUUUGUCAGAAUAUUUUCUUCUGUAAGUAAGCGGAAUAAAGCAAGUGCUUUGGUGGGAAACAUUCUAUUGGAUAACCGCCACAGCGUGUGCCUGAUCUGUUUGAAUAUUUCCUGUGAUUUAUUUUGCCACAAGGCCUUUACAUCCUUCAUUAGAGGUAUACAUUCACUGUCCCUAUUUACCUCUUCCUUUAAACUCCUCACCAAGAAGAAAAAAGGAAAAAGCUGAAAGGGACCAUAGUCCUUGCCACUAGAAAAGCAGGAAGUAAUGAGAAACAAUGUCAGGGAAUAAGAAAAGGUAAAGAAACAAGAAUCCCAAGGACAUCUCCAGGGCUUCAUAAUACAGCCAGAAAAAUCACUGUCUAGAAUUGUUAGAUGGAUGAACCUCAGGAAGUUGACUUUAUAAGCUUUCAGACUUUACUUCUUGGGCAUUUAACACAGCCGUACCAGGGGUGCACACGUAUGUGAAACCUUCUGUUUUUUUUAAGUUGGUUUUGAGCCACAAUUGACUUUAGCAUCAUCUGUGCAUUCAGUUUCUAGUUUGAUAUCAUUCUCUGUGACUGCCCUAACAUCUGAGAUGCAUUCCUUUGCAGUGCCUACAGGCUAUCUCUGUCACUCACUUUGGAAGUGUUUCAGUUGCCACUACUCUUUCUGUAAUUCACUUGGAACAAGUGGGAUGAUCGACUUGGUCACCGUAUAUUUUUUGUUUGGAAUGGUCUGACGAAGCGGCAACCCUGCAAAAGUACUAACCACUGGUUUAAAUAAAAGGCUUUUUUACUAUCCUUUUGUUUUUUGCUGAAUACCGUGUUGGUUGACUCGCAUUUUUGUCAUCAUGCCUUGUGUCACAGAGACCAAAGUCAUAUUCUGUGGUUGUUUCAGCCGAAAUGGUAAGAUAUCUUUUUCUACAAGGGAUUGUAGUAUAUACUGGACUACAAACUGUGAACACAUCUACAUUUUAGCAUCAUUGCUCAUGUGUUUUAUAAAUUAUGAACUUACUUCACUGAAUACCAGCCUUCUGUGCUUGGCAAGAUGCCAGCAAGCUUAUUAAGACUGAGGAGUUUCAGGAGUGGAAAUAGUGUAUUCUGCUGAUAGGUUCUCAAUUUGGAAAAUCAUCUGCCUUUUUGACACAGUGGAUGUAAUGUGUAGGGCAGCUCACAGUGACAUUGCACUCUUUCUGCAUGUAUUGAGUCUCUAAACCACUGCAGAGGACUUAAGUUUGAAUGUUGUAGAUAAACUGAAACAUUUAAGAUGGGCAAGGCUUAUCUACAGCAGAGAAUAUGCACGUUUGCCUUUGUGUGACUGUCAAUGAAAUGAGCAGGCUUACUGCCGCAGUUUCUAUCAGCACUCUCUACAGCCUUUUUAGUAACAACAGCAAAAAAGCAAUUGUGCAUAAGAUAAACAUUUCGUAUGUCAGAGGGAAAUCAAAUCCUCUUCCAUUUCCUGGAGUGCUUCUGACAUGUUUGCUGCUAUCAGUCCCACUCACAGUAAAACUUGAAUGGAAAGGCAAGGGGAUAUCACUGCAGUUCAAAAAAUGGACUGAACCUCAUAGUGGGCCAGAGAGGCUUGAGCAGUGCCUGCAUCAUCAAGUCUUUUGAGUUCAUUCAGAGACUAUUUAUUACCAGUAGUUUUCAGCUGGACUCUUCACUGGCCAUAUCAGGCAGUUAUUGAUCAUAUCUUUCAAGUGUUACAGAGACAGUUGUCCUCUUAUUUCUCUAAGAAUUUCAGCAGAUUGACUACAUACAUCACCUGGUUCUGUGCAUGGUCUGAAAACUGUUCUAAUUUAUCUUAAAGGGAGACUUGAUGUGUUCUGUGUACCUGUAACAUGAGCAUACCUCUCAACCUCAUACUGCAAGAAAUCUGGACAAAGCCUGACAAAAUGGGGGGGGAAAUGCCUAAAAAUAGGGACACAUUUU